AUGUUUUUGCGACGCGAUGUUAGGGCCGAGGUUGUUAGGGAUCCACGGAUUCUGGGAAUGGAAAUUGGGGGAUUUUCGCGGUGUUUGAAGUUGUUGCAGAGUUUGAAAUGCAGGGAGGCAAUUAAAGAGAGGAUUUUUGUAGAGGGUUUGGUUAGGGCUUCUUUUGAAGUGAAGCUGAGAGUGGAUUGUUUAUGCGGUCACGGUUUGAUCCGUAGGGAUGCUUUGAAGGUAUUGUGGAAGGAACCAAGGUUGAUGACUUAUGAUCUGGAGGAUAUUGAGAAGAAGAUUGAAAUUUUACUUCAUAGGAUGAAAUAUGGUAUUGAUUGUUUGCAUGAAGUUCCUGAAUACUUGGGUGUGAAUUUUGAAAAUCAGAUUGUUCCUAGAUACAAUGUGAUCGAGUAUUUGAAUGGAAAGGGUGCAAUUGGGUUUGAAGUUAGAUUGAAGGACCUUAUCAAACCAACUAGGCAUAGAUUUUAUAACCUUUAUGUCAAGCCUUACCCUGAAUGUGAAAAAAUAUAUGGCAGAUUUUCAGGUAAGCUUGAAAUUAAAAGAAACCAUCCUGCUGGACUUUGGAAGCUGUUCAAACCACAAAAGUUUACACAAACCGGUAAAGAUGUGAAGAACAUGAAGGCUUUCAUGGGUUCACUAGUGUAG